UUUGAGGACUGGCUCAAGAAAGCAGAUUUACCUUACACUGGCCUAGCCCAGGCCACCAGAUACAUCCACGGAGAGCUAAAUGCAUAUAACCACUUGGAUCAAGAUCCAGACAGGGACCCGUGCAGCAGGCUUCAUCUGACUGAUUCCUGGACGGGAGAGAAAGCCUGAGCUCCGAAUCAUCCUUCAAUGUUUACAAAGGCCCUAAAUAGCAGUGGGCUAAUUGCUGUUCCUGGAUUUCCAGGAGACCUGAGACCCAUGAAGGAGCAGGAAACAGCCUGGGGGUAAAAAAUUAACCUGGAACCUACUGGAGCGGAAGGGGCUGCACUCACCUGGAAAGGACAAAGUUCGUGGGAAUUGCCCAUGUAGGCCAGGUCCCUAAGCAAUUCCAUCCCACACCCUAACACCCCGACUGGUGUUCCUGGGUCCCUAACAUUGUCUGUACCCGCUAUGGAGGUUGGACAAAAUGAGUUUUUCACUGCCCUGCCUCAGGCCUCGCUCAAAGGUCUGGCCCAUGAUAUUUGGUGUACAUUGGGACCCCAGCGCCCACAUAUUUGAAACGGGGUGGGGGGCAGGUGUUGAGCUGCUACAUUUCCAGGUUCUAGGUAGCCUGGGGAACCCCUGGUCGUUGAUGGAAGCACAGCGUUCAAGGGCUCAGGUACUGGAGGACACAUGGGCCGCGCCAGGUCUAGCUGCGGGACAUCCCCAGACCCCAGCACAGCCUCCCAGGCCGACCUUCCAGAAGCCGGCCCACUGCCUUCCCCGGGUCCCAGCCCAGAAAAGCGGAGACUUUCUCCUCCGUUUGGAAGAUGGACUCAUCGCCUACUUCCUCCUAGCUCCCCAGAAGACCUGGAGACCUCGGGAAGUGUCUUCAUCCACGUUCGCUCCAACCCGGGGGCUCAGGCCCACCUCGAUCCCACCUUCCCGGGAGGUCCAGGAAGGCCCCGCCGCACCCACCCCGUUGGCCUCACCCUGGCUCGGGCCCCUUUAUCAUCCUGCAGCUACGCUCCAACCAGGAGGCACAGCCAGUCCCGGCAGGCGGCUCUACCGCUCUGCUCGCAGGUUUGGGCUAGUCUGGGGCGGGGACUUGGGAGCGCCUAAAACUUGCGAGGAGGGCGGGGCCGUAGACACGUCCUUUAAAGGUUGGAACUGGCCCCGAGGCGCCGGCAGCCCUGGGCGGUCCCGGGAAUCGCGCAGGACCCGGCUACCCUCGCCUAAGCUGCUGGGGGGCGCCAUGGGCCGCUACCAUAUCCGCGUGGCCACCGGGGCCUGGCUCUUCUCCGGGUCGUACAACCGUGUGCAGCUUUGGCUGGUCGGGGCGCGCGGGGAGGCGGAGCUGGAGCUGCAGCUGCGGCCUGCGCGGGGCGAGGAGGAGGAGUUUGAUCAUGACGUUGCAGAGGACUUGGGGCUCCUGCAGUUCGUGAGGCUGCGCAAACACCACUGGCUGGUGGAGGACGCGUGGUUCUGCGACCGCAUCACGGUGCAGGGCCCUGGAGCCUGCGUGGAGGCGGCCUUCCCGUGCUACCGCUGGGUGCAGGGCGAGGACAUCCUGAGCCUGCCCGAGGGCACCGCCCGCCUGCCAGGAGACAAUGCCUUGGACGUGUUCCAGAAGCAUCGAGAGAAGGAACUGAAAGACAGACAGCAGAUCUACUGCUGGGCCACCUGGAAGGAAGGGUUACCCCUGACCAUCGCUGCAGACUGUAAGGAUGAUCUACCUCCAAAUAUGAGAUUCCAUGAGGAGAAGAGGCUGGACUUUGAAUGGACACUGAAGGCAGGGGCUCUGGAGAUGGCCCUCAAACGUGUUUACACCCUCCUGAGCUCCUGGAACUGCCUAGAAGACUUUGAUCAGAUCUUCUGGGGCCAGAAGAGUGCCCUGGCUGAGAAGGUUCACCAGUGCUGGCAGGAUGAUGAGGUGUUCGGCUACCAGUUCCUCAAUGGUGUCAACCCCAUGCUGUUGAGACGCUCGACCUCUCUGCCCUCCAGGCUAGUGCUGCCUUCGGGGAUGGAAGAGCUUCAGGCUCAACUGGAGAAAGAACUUCAGAAUGGUUCCCUGUUUGAAGCUGACUUCAUCCUUCUGGAUGGAAUUCCAGCCAACGUGAUCCGAGGAGAGAAGCAGUACCUGGCUGCCCCCCUCGUCAUGCUGAAGAUGGAGCCCAGUGGGAAGCUGCUGCCCAUGGUCAUCCAGAUUCAGCCUCCCAACCCCAGCUCUCCAACCCCAACACUGUUCCUGCCCUCAGACCCCCCACUUGCCUGGCUCCUGGCAAAGUCCUGGGUCCGAAAUUCAGAUUUCCAACUGCACGAGCUCCAGUAUCACUUGCUGAACACUCAUCUGGUGGCUGAGGUCAUCGCUGUCGCCACCAUGCGGUGCCUCCCAGGACUGCACCCCAUCUUCAAGUUCCUGAUCCCCCAUAUCCGCUACACCAUGGAAAUCAACACCCGGGCCCGGACCCAACUCAUCUCAGAUGGAGGAAUUUUUGAUAAGGCAGUGAGCACAGGUGGAGGGGGCCAUGUGCAGUUGCUCCGUCGGGCGGCGGCUCAGCUGACCUACUGCUCCCUCUGUCCUCCUGACGACCUGGCUGACCGGGGCCUGCUGGAACUCCCAGGUGCUCUCUAUGCCCGUGAUGCCUUACGGCUCUGGGAGAUCAUUGCCAGGUAUGUGGAGGGGAUCGUCCACCUCUUCUACCAAAGGGAUGACGUAGUGAAGGGGGACCCUGAGCUGCAGGCCUGGUGUCGGGAGAUCACGGAGGUGGGGCUGUGCCAGGCCCAGGACCGAGGUUUCCCUGUCUCCUUCCAGUCCCAGAGUCAACUCUGCCAUUUCCUCACCAUGUGCGUCUUCACAUGCACUGCCCAGCAUGCCGCCAUCAACCAGGGCCAGCUGGACUGGUAUGCCUGGGUCCCUAAUGCCCCAUGCACAAUGCGGAUGCCCCCACCCACCACCAAGGAAGAUGUGACGAUGGCCACAGUGAUGGGGUCCCUACCUGAUGUCCGGCAGGCCUGUCUUCAAAUGGCCAUCUCAUGGCAUCUGAGUCGCCGCCAGCCGGACAUGGUGCCUCUGGGGCAUCACAAAGAAAAAUAUUUCUCAGGCCCCAAGCCCAAAGUUGUGCUAAACCAAUUCCGAACAGAUUUGGAAAAGCUGGAAAAGGAGAUUACAGCCCGGAAUGAGCAACUUGACUGGCCCUAUGAAUAUCUGAAGCCCAGCUGCAUAGAGAACAGUGUCACCAUCUGAGCCCUAGAGUGACUCUACCUGCAAGAUUUCACAUCAGCUUUAGGACUGACAUUUCUAUCUUGAAUUUCAUGCUUUCCUAAAGCCUCUGCUGCUAAGGCUCUAUUUUCUCCCCCAGUUAAACCCCCUACAUUAGUAUCCCACUAGCCCAGGGGAGCAGUAAACUUUCUCUGCAAAGACUAGGUCCUUUUUUACCCUUUGCAGGCCACAUAGUCACUGUCUCGACUACUCAGCUCUCCUGCUGCAGCAUGAAGGCAGCCAUAGACAACAUGGAAAUGAGGGUGACUAUGUUCCAAUAAAACUUUAUGGACACUGAGAUAUGAA